UGGGGAGGCUCAGGUAGGCCUGGGCCUGGGCCUGAGCCAGUGAGUGGCCUCAGAAUCAAGGGUAGCGUGGGCUUAAGCUAGUUGCCAAAUGUUGCUUGGUAUUUUGCAGGUGUACCAUGUGGACCCUGGUGAGCUGGGUGGCCUUGGUGGCAGGGCUGGUGGCUGGAACACAGUGCCCAGAUGGUCAGUUCUGUUCCGUGGCCUGCUGCCUGGACCCAGGAGGAGCCAGCUACAGCUGCUGCAACCCCAUUUUGGACAAAUGGCCCUCUCUGCCCACAACAUGGAGCAGACGUCUGGGCCCCCCCUGCCAGACCGAUGCCCACUGCUCUGCUGGCUCCUCCUGCCUCCUCACUGUCUCGGGAACCUCCCGCUGCUGCCCAUUACCAGAGGCCGUGUCUUGCAGGGAUGGACGCCACUGCUGCCCCCGGGGCUUCCACUGCAAUGCUGAUGGGUGGUCUUGCUUUCGCAGACAAGAUGCCAACCCCUUGGGUGCUGUCCGGUGCCCCAAUAGCCAGUUCGAAUGCCCCAACUCCUCCACGUGCUGCGCUAUGCUUGAUGGCUCCUGGGGCUGUUGCCCCAUGCCCCAGGCUUCUUGCUGCGAAGACAAGGUGCACUGCUGCCCCCAUGGUACCUCUUGUGACCUGGCUAAGGCCCGCUGCCUCAUGCCCACGGGCACCUACCCCUUGGCCAAGAAGACCCCUGCACGGAAGACUAAUAGGGCAGUGGCCCAGCCCACUGCUGUCAUGUGCCCCGAUGCACAGUCCCAGUGCCCUGACGAUUCUACCUGCUGUGAGCUGCCCAGUGGGAAGUAUGGCUGCUGCCCAAUGCCCAAUGCCAUCUGCUGCUCCGACCACCUGCACUGCUGCCCCCAGGACACUAUGUGCGACCUGAUCCAGAGUAAGUGCCUCUCCAAGGAGAAUGCCACAGACCUCCUCACCAAGCUGCCCGCGCACACAGUGCAGGAGGUGAAAUGCGAUACGGAGGUGAGCUGCCCGGAUGGCUACACGUGCUGCCGCCUCUCUACAGGGGCCUGGGGCUGCUGCCCGUUUGCCCAGGCUGUGUGCUGUGAGGACCAUGUGCACUGCUGCCCGGCAGGCUUUAGGUGUGACACAGAGAAGGGGACCUGUGAGCAGGGGAACCGCCAGGAGCCCUGGAUGAAGAAGGCCCCAGCCCACCUCAGCCUGCCAGACCCCCAGGCCAUAGAGCGUGAUGUCCCCUGUGACAACGUCACCAGCUGUCCCCCCUUCAAUACCUGCUGCCGACUCCUGUCUGGGGAGUGGGGCUGCUGUCCUGCGCCAGAGGCUGUCUGCUGCUCGGACCACCAACACUGCUGCCCCCAUGGCUACACGUGCACGGACGAGGGGCAGUGUCAGCAGGGGGACAAGACGGUGGCUGCACUGAAGAAGAUGCCCGCCCGCCAGGCCUCCCUGUCUCACCCUAGAGACACCAGCUGUGACCAGCACACUAGCUGCCCAGUGGGGCAGACCUGCUGCCAAAGCCUGAGCAGGGGCUGGGCCUGCUGCCAGUUGCCCCACGCUGUGUGCUGUGAGGAUCGCCAGCACUGCUGCCCAGCAGGGUAUACCUGCAAUGUGAAGGCCCGCACCUGUGAGAAGGAGGUGGUCUCUACCCAGCCCGCCACCCAGCUGGCCCACAGCCUUCACGUGGGCGUGGGAGAUGUGGCAUGUGGGGAGAGCCACUUCUGCCGUGAUAACCAGACGUGCUGCCGAGACAGCCAUGGGGGCUGGGGCUGCUGUCCCUACCGCCAGGGCAUCUGUUGUACAGAUAAGCGUCACUGCUGUCCUGCUGGCUUCCGCUGUAAGGCCAGGGGUACCAAGUGUUUGCCCAAGGAGAUCCUGCGCUGGGACACCCCUGUGAGGGGCCCAGCUCAGAGACAGCUGCUAUGAGGUGGAACUAAGGACUGAAGACAUUCCACAGCCCUGGGGACCUUGCUCAGAGGGUGCCCACUGCUCAGGCCUCCCCAGCACCUCUCUCCCACCAAAUUCUCCCUGACACCCUUUGCAUUGAGUCCUUUUCCCCAUAGGAGGUGGGGCUUCCACCUAAGGCCUUCCCACUGGAAAGGGGGAACUUGUGGCAAAAGCCACAUUAAAAGCUGCCAUCCCCUCCUCCAAUUUCUGUGGACCCUGUGGCCAGGUGCUCUCCCCAUCCAUAGGUGUGCGUGUGCGUGCGUGUGUGUGUG